AUGCCUCUUGCCCCAUCAAGGGUUGCAUCUUAUUCCAGCGCUUCCUGGUUUGCCAAUCAUGCCACAGACCGCUUUGUAAAGGAUGCCCAACAAUCGGGAUAUCGCGCCCGCUCUGCCUUCAAACUGCUCCAAAUCCUUGAGAAGCAUCCCAUUAUAAGGCCUGGCAUGACCAUACUUGACUGCGGAGCAGCUCCUGGCUCCUGGAGCCAAGUGGCCGCCAAUGUUCUCAAAAGCAAUGGAAGAAUAUUGGCAGUCGAUCUGGACCCAAUUGGGCAUAUUCCAGGCGUAUCUACUCAUCAAGCGGAUAUUACCUCCGAUUUUUUCAAAAAGGGCUUCCUUCCAAACUGGCUGGGUGAAGGCAAAAACAAAGGGAACCAAAUUGAUAUAAUUAUCUCGGACAUGUGCCCAAACAUCUCUGGAGUCGGAGAUCUUGAUUCUUUACGCUCUGUAGAGUUGGUUUCGCAUGUGUUGGAAAUCGCAAAACAACACCUGGCAAAGGGUGGCUCUUUUUUGGCAAAAAUAUUUACUGGAGGGCAUGAAAGGGAUUUCAAAGCCAUGCUACUUGAUAGCGGCUUUCAACGGAUAAAAGCAAUAAAGCCGCCUGCAAGCCGCAAAGGCUCCUCUGAGAUUUUUUUUCUUGGUCGUGAUUUUUGUGCCUCAUAG